AUGCUAGAAAAUCAGCUAGCUAAUCAAGCCUCAACAUCUAGCACUAGAGUCACAGGGAGAUUACCAGCUAGUACCGAGAAUCCAAGGGAACAUAUCAAUGCAAUUGUUACAAGGAGUGGCAAAGUACUUGAAGAGCCACCCCUUCCAAUCAAAUUAUCAACUCCAAAUAAAACUGUUGAAGAAGAUAUUGAAAAGAUACUUGAGGAUGUAGAAGUUGAGCCAGCUGAUGUGAAAAAUAAUCCACAAGUCAUAGAUGAAGGAAAGAAGCCCGUGAGAAGGUAUGAACUACCCUUGCCCUUUCCUCAAAAAUUUCAGCAGAAAGCAAAAGAAAGUAGACGGAAAAAGUUUUUAGAAUUAGUUGAGAGUUUGAAAGUUUCAAUUCCCUUACUCGAUUUACUUUCCCAAGUCCCCUCCUAUGGGAAGUUUUUAAAAGACAUCCUAGCUAAGAAAAGGAAAUUUGGUGAUCAUGAGGUGGUGGCAAUGGCACAAGAGUAUAGGGCAUUGGCACGUAGUGAAAGUAGGAACAUAUUGAAGCAUAGAGAUCCGGGAAAAUUCACAAUCCCGUGUUUUAUUGGAGGUCGUAUGAUAAAAAGCUCCCUCUGUGAUCUUGGAGCUAGUGUUAAUGUUAUGCCUCUAUCACUUUGUAAGAAGCUGAAUUUGGGAGAUCCUAACCCUGUCCAAGUUACAGUACAAUUUGCUAAUCAGUCUACUACUCGCCCAAUUGGAAUUCUUGAGGAGGUUCCAGUCCGGGUGGACAAAUAUUUUGUGCCAUGUGACUUCAUUGUGAUAGAUGCCCCAGAGAAUCCCGAUACUCCCAUCAUCUUGGGGAAACCUUUCUUGGCUACAAUUGGAGCACUAAUUGAUGCAAGGAAGGGAACUAUAAUUUUUGACUUUGGAGAGAAAAAUGUAGAUCGAAUUCAAUGUUAUUAA